AUGCCAGGGCUUUUUAUGGAAUGGUGGUACAUGAUACUGCUAUGCGUCUCCUCCCUCAUCGUGCUCGUUUCGAUCAGAUUUGGCUACCUGUUUCUUCCGAGGGUACUUCAGGUGAAGCAAAUUCAAACGCUUUCGAAGCAAGGUGCUCAUCUUGUUACAAAUAGGAAAGUGACGAUGUUCAUCACGAUAAUUGGGACGGCUAUUAUCGCGACAUUUCAACUUUUUACAGUUAUUCUAGACAAUUUUCUACCAAAAGAAAUUAUCCCUUGCCCAGUUUUAACGUAUCUGACUGUAUGUCUCCAUCCUCUUCUUACAUUUUUCGGCGUGAAUAUGCUCCUAUUUGUCCGUCAAAUGUUCACCCUCAGGACUUUGAGACAGACUCCACUGAAAUAUUUCAUCAUUACGAUGGCUAGUACAGUUUCAGCUAUGGUAGCGUCCACAUUAUUCUUAGCAUUUGGAGGAUUGGUGUUCUAUCUUUUAUACUUCGACAGACACGAUAACCAAGGCUGGAUCAUUACCCGAAUUGACCCUGAAGACGAUGGCAGUCAUCAUAGCCAAAGCACUUGUUUAUUCAAAUCCGAAGUUUCUGUAACUCUGGUCUUGCUAUCAGCACUAGGCAACAUGGCGCUCCUACUGUUUUGCUCAAUUUGGGACGUCAUUCCUUUUAUCCGCUACGUCUGGUACCGAUAUACCUGUCAGCUCCCGAAGGCGCACAAAUACAUCGAAAUUCUUGCAUUCAAGUUGCUCGCCGCUUCGCUCAAUCUAAUGCUCUCGAUUCCAAUUCUACCGAUCAUGUGCUACUGCCGAAAUAUCGUCGCAUUCUCCGCCCUCAGUUGGAUUCUGUACAGCUCCAUUCUGUCUGUGAUGUUCUUUUCGGAAGGAGAAUUCCGCCAAUUCGCGAAUAUCAAGUUCCUCGAGCCCGUGGUACAGAAUCUGAUCGACCUUCUGGACACUCACAAAGGAAUGGACCCAGAUGCAGUAGAAGACCUAGAUAAGCCGCGAAAACCGAGAAAACUAGAAGUCGAUGGGCUUGAUGCAGCUCUUGAAAAACAAGCGCAGAAUGAGCGCGAACGAAUACAAGCACAAUCUGAUCCGAUUGUCGACAUUGUGAUCGAGAAAGUCUUGUAA